AUGGUUUCCACAAAACGCUCACCAUCGCCUCCGCAAAAUGACUAUGAGCUCCCAGCCGACUACAAGCCUUACGUCCCAGUCGCCAAGCGGAGAGCGCAGAUGCUCUCGCAACUGACCGCCAAACAUUCGCCAGUCGCCAAGCGCGUAAAGACGCAGGAGGAACUGGAGAAGGAGGUGGAGGAUGAGAUACGGGAGCAAGCUGAAGAUGAAGAGAGGGCGAGAGAGAAAGCGAGAAGGGAGAGGACGUUGUUGCAAGCGGCCCAGGAGGUGAAAGAAAAGAAGGCUCUAGCAGAUGCCGAGAAGACUGCAGCAGAUAUGGAAGCCGAGAAGGAAGCUCGACUCCUCGCAGAGAUGGAACGAGCCCAAAAGAAGCUUGCUGGUGCUCAAGAACUCGCCCAAGGCGUGUCAUAUACCGAGUCCUUGAAGACUUCCUGGCGCCCGCCCCACUAUAUCCGGUCACGCUCGGAAGAGGAACAUCAAGCUGUUCGUGAAGAGUAUCAUAUCAUCACUGAAGGCGACAACCUGCCCCCACCCAUUCCUCACUUUGCCGAUAUGAAAAUCCCGAAACCAAUCUUGUCGUAUCUCAAAGCGAAAGGUAUCAAGCGCCCAACACCUAUCCAGAUGCAAGGGCUGCCGACAGCCUUCACAGGGAGAGAUAUGAUUGGUAUCGCCUUUACAGGUUCAGGCAAGACUUUGGCGUUCACUCUGCCUGCCAUCAUGUCCUCGCUGGAGAUGGAAGCCAAGGUGCCAUUUGUCCGGGGCGAGGGGCCCGUGGGGCUUAUCAUCUGUCCCUCGCGAGAACUAGCGAGGCAGACGUACGAGCAGUGUCAACAGAUGUGCACGGCGCUGAAGGAGAGUGGACAAUACCCUGAAGUUCGCAGCUUGUUGUGUAUUGGCGGUAUCAACAUGGCCGACCAGGGAGACGUCUUGAACAAGGGCGUGCAUAUCGUCGUUGCCACUCCCGGUCGACUCAUAGACAUGCUUGACAAGCGCAAGCUCAACUGUGACAACUGCAAGUACUUGUGCAUGGACGAAGCCGACAGGAUGAUCGAUAUGGGUUUCGAAGAAGACGUCCGCUCCAUCAUGUCGCAUUUCCGCUACCAACGACAAACCCUUCUUUUCUCCGCCACCAUGCCUAGGAAAAUCCAGGAUUUCGCUCAACAAUCGCUUAUCGACCCCAUCCUCGUCAACGUUGGUCGAGCUGGUGCAGCCAAUAUGGACGUCGUUCAGGAAGUCGAGUAUGUGAAGCAGGAGGCAAAGAUGGUCUAUCUGUUGGAAUGUUUGCAAAAGACUCCUCCGCCUGUCAUCAUUUUCAGUGAUAACAAGAACGAAGUGGAUGAUAUCCAAGAGUAUCUUCUGCUGAAGGGGAUUGAGGCGGUUGCUAUACACGGGUCUAAGACUCAAGACGAAAGAGAAUACGCUAUCCGCUCCUUCAAGACGGGCGCUAAAGAUGUCAUGGUCGCCUCCGGCGUAGCUUCCAAGGGUCUCGAUUUCAACGAAAUCCAGCAUGUCAUCGUUUACACCAUGCCCAAGGAGAUCGAAGACUACGUGCACGAAAUUGGUCGUACAGGUCGUUCAGGAAAGACGGGUCUGGCUACGACGUUUGUCAACAUGAAUACGAGCGAGCAGACGUUGUUGGAUUUGAAGUAUCUGUUGAUGGAGGCGAAACAAAAGAUACCGGACUUCCUUCUUUCUAUUGACGACCCCCGUGCAGCCUACGGUGGAUCUCUCAAGGGAUGUCCUAUUUGUGGCGGUCUUGGUCACGGUCUGGAGAACUGUCCCAAGUUGGAGGAAGAGCAGAGAAGGAAGCAGGCGGCGCAGAGGACUUAUGAUGGGGGUGGUUAUUGA